GUCGCCGCGAAGGAAAGCCCGGCGGAGUCCUUGAAGGCUGAGAUGGAGCAGCUGCAGAGGACGCUGAUGGCCGAGAUGGUCGUGGAGCAGCUUCAGAAGAAGCUCAUGGCCGAGGUGCAGGGCCUACUGUCGGCCCAGCAGCAAAGCCAGGCCGCGGCUUUGGAAGCGCUUCGAAAGGAGAGCAAGGAGUCUGCCGAAAAGCAGCAAAGCCUCUCGCAGACUCUGCAAGAGAGCUUGCAAAAGCAGAAGGAGGAGAUCGCAAGCUCGCAGAACUCUGUGAGUGCACUUGCGAAGAAGACGGAAGAAGCCCUCGCGGCGGGCCUCAAAGCACAGGCGCAAACGACGACCGAGGAGAUCGCGUCCUUGCGGACCGCCCUGGCCGCCGCGGAGAAGAAGGCGGAGGAAGGGCAGGCAGCACAGGCGGCCUCAACCGCCAAGGAGAUCACAGCCUUGCAGAACUCUUUGAGUGCUUCCGUCAAGACGACGGAAGCGGGACUGGCCGCGCAAGCAGCCAAAACGACCGAGGAGAUCACAGCCUUGCGGAAUGCUCUGACGGCCUCGGAGAAGAAAGCAGAAGAAGGUCAAGCGGCACAAGCCGCCAAGACCACAGAGGAGAUCACGACAUUGCAGACUUCCUUCAGUGCUUCGGCGAAGAAGAUGGAGGAAAGCCAGGCAGCACAGGCGGCCAAAAUGACCGAG